AUGCAACCUAAGGCUUGUCAAUCUAAACUUCAAAGGAGAGAGAGGUCAGCAGAGAGGCCAAAGGUACAGGGAUAGUCUAGGAAUCUGAAUCCCCUUUUGGUCAGCUGAGUUGCACCUGAACUACCAACAGAAAUGAAGCUGUGCUUUUCCACACAGAAGCCCAAGUCAUUUAUUUGCUGCAGAAAUGCUGUUUCUCAGGCGAAUCCAAUACCAUUUCCAGCGCUCUGUCGGGUUGCAAAGCACCUUCAACAAUCACCUGCAACUAUUUGGGCCAGCUAACAUAGGUACCCAAUUCUCGAAUGACUUCUCUCCUUUGAGGUGGCACCAUUCAACUUUGCUCAGCAGGAAACCAACAUAAUGUGUACCAACCAUGUGUACCAAUCUAUUUCAUUUCUUCUUCUUUCCUGGUUUUGUUUUCCAGACGAUUGUUCUUCAUAUACUGCUGUGCCUCCUCAUUUUCUACACAGUGUAUUACAUGACUGGAAGCAUUUGCUGUGGAGCAUUCAGGUGAGGCUGCUCUCUGUGAACCACAGAUGUUACUCUCAACCUCUCCUGUUAGCAUCUCCCACAAGCGUUCAGUCUUCCUGCUGCUGCUCCUAAUAAGUGUUUGCGAAUGUUCUUUUCCCCUCCACACCUGACACAAUGCCUAAUUACAGUGUAGGCCAUUUAUUUUAAUUUCCCUUUAGCUUUGUUCUGUUACAAAACACACCUGAGAGCAUGUUCCUGGGAAUCUUAAGGCUUGUGGUCAAUGUUAGUCACACUCAGCGUAGAUCUAUUGACAUCCUUUAUUUAUUUCAUUCAUAUCCCAACUUUUUCUCCAAGGUGCAGAAGGCAGAGUACAAAUUAAAUUCCUCAUUUAAUUCCCACAGCAACCCUGUGAAAAUUAAGCAACUAUUAAUAUUAACUAAUGAACACAAUAUUAUUAAUGUCUAUAUUAAUGGAUAUGAUUAACUUAGGUCCAUUAAUUUCAGUGGGUGUACUCCAGGAAUAAGCACACACAGACAGACAUAAAGUUUUGAUUCUUGUCCAUUGUCUUUUAACUGGUUGUUUAAAAUUAUUGUUUUUUCUAUGUUUUUAUUAAUUGUAUUUAUCUGUUUAAAUAAAUAUAUAAAAUAAAUUAAUAAUAAUAAUAGUAAACAUCUCUUUCAAUUUUAGUGUCUGUUUCUCAUUUUCACACAUUAGUUCAGUUUGCCACACUUCUGCUUCAGUCUGUGAUUUUUUUUAAGUCCUCAAAGAAGUUUGCCAGCAUUUCAGUAAUAAUAAUAAUAAUACCUUUAUUGUCAAUGUACAACCUGUGUACAGUGAAAUUAACCAAGCCUCUCCCCCACAAACACUAAAUCUCAUUGCACUCUGUGUGCUUGUUGCAUAACACACCAGCCCCGAAAGUCAGUUGCACUAUAUUAUUUUCUGUUUAGCCCACAGAUAGAAACUGUUUUUUAGCCUGUUGGUACAACUGAUUAUACUUCUAUAUCUCCUGCCUGAGGGUAGAUUAAAAACGUGCUGGAUGGGGUGUGAAUCGUCCCUGAUAAUUUUUCUCGCUCUCCUAAGGCAACAAUCCCUUGCGAUGUCAUCUAGUGGGCUCAGGGGACAGCCCAUGAUAUGAUGUGCUGUGUUCACCACCCUCUGUGAAGACUCAUUCCUCCUGAUAUACACAUUCUAGUAUGCAUUUUUGCCUAAUACACUUUUUCUUUUGGAAAGCUUUCUUCUUGAAGGUAGCUGGCCAUUGGGCCAACAAAGGUUUCCCACUCCGAUUUAAACCAAUGAGGCUUUCUUCCAAGUGUAGCUACAUUUAAGACCAAAGUGAUUACCCAUCCAUCAAUGAUAGACAGGUUUAUGAGUGCCUAGCUUGACUCCCAUUGUUGGUUAACCUCCCAGCCUGGCAAGAAGAGCAAUGAUCUGUAAUAAAUUAGACAAAAUGUCUGGGGAAGAAUGGUACUUAAGCCUUCAAGGGUACUGGGUGGCUCUGCCAAGUUGUCCAAUCUGACAAAGUUGUUGGGUGAAACCGUAGAUCUCUUUGGGCAAAGUGGACAAAGUAAUCAAUCACAGUUACAUGAAGCAAGCAGAACCCACAGCAAAACAUUGCAAUUUCCUUUUCAGGGUUCUAGCUGGGUGCAUGAACACAAUUACCUUUCUGCAGUACCUACAACAGCCUAUCACCAGGGCUGGGUGGAAGCUGGGGGAAGAGUUUGCCUAAGGCAGUGGUGGCCAAACUCAGCCCUCCAGACGUUUUGAGACUACAACUCCCGUCAUCCCUAGCUAACAGAACCAGCGGUCAGGGAUGAUGGGAAUUGUAGUCCCAAAACAUCUGGAGGGGUGAGUUUGGCCACCACUGGCCUAAGGCAAAUAGUGGAGGGCCAAACUACACAGUAAGCUAAAUGCACAAUUAUAUUUCAUGUAUCUGGGCUUGUUGUUUGUUAAAUAGCAGCUCUCUCUCUCUCUGAUCAGGGUCAUACAGGAUUGGAGAGGGCUGAAUCUUUUCUUCCCCACCAUGCUCUCAUAUAAAACUGUACCCCUUAAAACUGCCAUUGUCACUAACAGUUUGCUGCAGAGGUUUUUUUAUUUUAUUUACUAUAACUUUUUAAUGGGUUUAUAAACAAGGAUCUUAGGAAUAAUAAAUGAUACAAAUAAAUAGACCAAAUCUUCUCAUGCCAUGUGUAUACCACAAAAGGAGCAUAAUUAAUCUUCAGUGAUAUCUGCAGCAUAUGGUUCAUUAUUAGUGGUCAGUGUAUAAGUUCUUGGUUUGUGAAUUGGUUUAAACAAAAAUAAAGGGGAGCAGGACAGAACAGAGUUAACAGUUAAAGUUCAACAUUGCAUAGCUAAAUGUUUAAUCAGGAGCCUUUGUGGUUGUGCUUCGAUUAAGUAUGAGUCAUAUUCAUUUCUCCCCUACUGUUACCAAUGAAACAGUUGGUAUAUUGAGGAAUGUGGAGGGGUGGGUUCAAAGGGAAGAUAAUAUAUGUUUAAAUUAAAUUUAGAUAAAUCCGAUUGAAGCAAAUGAUGACGAGGUUAUUCAUUUUCUGGAAUAUUGGCAUACGUUACGAAAUUAAACCACACCAGAGUAAACCCAUCUUUCCUGACCUGUUCACGUUUCAACAAUAGUUUAUUUGUUAACCUCUUAAAGAGGGGUGUUUCAGUUUACAGCGGUUACAUAUGCUUCAGGUUACAGACUCCGCUAACCCAGAAAUAGUACCUCGGGUUAAGAACUUUGCUUCAGGAUGAGAACAGAAAUUGUGCUCCAGCGGCGCGGCAGCAGCAGGAGGCCCCAUUAGCUGAAGUGGUGCUUCAGGUUAAGAACAGUUUCAGGUUAAGAACAGGCCUCCAGAACGAAUUAAGUACUUAACCCGAGGUACCACUGUAUUGCAGAAUUGAGAUUCAAAUGCUCAGCUUCUGCACUUGGAAACAUCAUGUAGGAUAAAGUGGACCUUGCUCAGAAUCAGCAAGAGUUAGAUGAAGUCAGUGGAAUUUACAAGUGCCACCAUCAUAACUGUCAUGAAGCUUCUACCGAGUUUAACCUCAAGUACUUUUCUUUCCAGGCUCAACAACUUUGGCAUGCUUAUGCCUUUUGAAUUCAACAUGGAACCAUCUUAUUCAAAUCCCAAAUAUCUGGGUGAGUUGGGGAAACCCUUUAGUGUUCACAGAGAUGGCACUGCCUUUGAGGGUGGGGGAAGAACAGAAGCAUCAAGGUAUGCCUAUGAUGCAAAACUCAGAGUAGACCCAUUCAAAUUAAUGGACCAAAGUUAGUCAUGCCGAUUAAUUUCAUUAGGUUCACUUUAAUAAUAAAUAAUAAUAAUAAGUUAUUUUUCAUACCCUGCCCAGAGUGGCUGGGUUUCCUCAGCCACUCUGGGCGGCUCCCGACAGAUAAAACAUCACACAUUAAAAACUUCCCUAAACAGGAACUUUGAAUAGGACUAGCAUUGGAUAAAACCUAGAAAGUCUAAAAUGAAUGACCUCUUUAUAGAAGACGACAUCAAAGACAUUUUGCUCUAGGGGGGCCACUAGGGGGCGCAUUGGAAGAUGGCUGACAAUACCAUCUCUCCGACCCACACGGGGUAAUUAAGAGGCUGUUAUGGGAGUAGGCAGCCUCCCUUGUUGCCCCAAGGAAAUGGGGAACACUGUCCUUGCCUGCUGUGCCCAUAAAUCACCCCCCUAAUUCGAAAGAAGGGGGUGAGGGCCCUAGGCAGAAUGCCCCCGUGUGGACCUCGGCUCUCCUGGACGCUGUCUCUGAUCGCGCACUAGCUGCAGCAAUUUGGAAUAAUUAAUUACAAAAGAAGCAAAUGCACAUAUUUCAAGUGAAGAAGGGGAGUGAAGUCUGCUAAUUUAAGUGACCUCUGCGAAAGAAGACGACGGGUUGGAGAAACAGGAAUAUUUUACGGUGAAGAUACACCAAAGGCUGGGUAUGUUGACAACGGGACUGAAUGGGGGGGGAACCUUUUUUACUUUCCUUCUAUGUGAUUUACAAGAACCCCUCCUCAUUAGAAUCGUUGGUUGAACUGACCCAAGCAGGAUGAUUAAGGUCAGUGUGGAGAUAAACUUUAACCAAAAGUAUGCUUUAUGGAGAUCGAGAAGCAAUAAGAGCUUUUGGAAUGGUGCAGCAAUUAAUUCGGAGUCGCCAUCUUGCCAAAGGAUUUAUAGCCAGGAGGAAGAACGGACUUGUUUUCAGACUGCAUUCCUGGUGAAUCUCAUCAGAGGUUUUGAGAAAGGAGGCAGAUUGGUGAAGAUUAAUGAUGCUAAGACUGUUUUGAUGUAUGGAAGUGAUGUUAUAUGGAAAACGUCUGGAUAUGGCUACUGGAUAAAAAAAAUAAUAUCCACGCAGGAUUACAAAAUGUUCUAACCAGCUUGUGGAGACUAUCAGAGGUCACAAAGAGAAAGGAAAAAUAUAUGAAAAUAACAACAAGAGAUGUGGAAAAACAAUAAGAAAGGACUGGAUAGUACUGUGAACAUCAUAAGGUUAGAUUUGUGGACAUUAAAACAGCAGUAAGAAGCAAGAAGUUGAUUGGAUCCCCUUCGGAACUUGAAAUAUGGGUACCCCCAACAAACAUUUAAAAUUUGGUUGUGUAAUUUGGAAUUUAUGUAAUUUGGUUUGAUUUGAUGUGAUUGGUCAGUUAAUAAAAAAUUAUUCAAAAAAAAGAAAAGAAGACAUUUUGCUUUACUAUACAGGAGAACGACUGUAGUUUAGAAUUUUAGCUGGGUGCUGUUGUUGUUUUCCCCCCCAAUUUAUAAUCCAGAAUAUCUGGAUUACACCAGGUCAUUGAAGGCUUUCUUUCCCCUUUCCUCCUUCCUAAGCAAACGUGCUGUCGAUGGAGACCACCUUUCUGAUCAGCGGCCUCCUCUUCGCUGUGCUACUGAAACGCUGGGUCUGGGAUUAUACCAUCACUGUUACCAUGGUCCAUGUGCUCUUGACUGUUGCAGGUGAGUUCAAGGCAGUCAUGUGCUAAGUUGGAGGGACCCUUUCAAGGAUUGAAAAAGUAGCAACGUUUGGCACUGGAUUGCAGCUUUCAUGGACCAGUGAAGUAACAGCCAACUGUCCAGCUAAGAUAUUACCGUAUUGGCCUGAAUAUAAGCCUCACUUCCCCCCAAAUUCCAACCGUGAAAAGUUAAAGUGCGGCUUAUAUUCGUGACCUUACGGUAUGCAGCCAGAAGCACGGGGCAAACAGUGCCAGGAGCGCGGCAAAGUGGCGCCCGCCCCGUGCGUCUUCCCCUGUCCUCUCCUCCAAGGCCGGGAAGGGAGAGGGCGAGAUAGGGGAAAGGCCAUUGGCAACACAGCGUGGCUCCCCCGCUCCCCAUAAACAGCCAGGAGCAGUGAGGAAUGGAGUGGCUUAUAUAUUUUUCUUCUUCUUUUUUCCUCUCCAAUUUUAAAGGUGCGGCUUAUAUUCGAGUGCGGCUUAUAUUUGGGCCAAUACGGUAUCAGUCAUGUUCAAAUCUUUUGUUUAUUUACUUAAGUUAUAUACUGCUUCAUAUUUCUACAAACGUUUCUAAGCAGUUUAUAAGUCACCCCCAAAGCAAGUUAAUACAAGGGAGUAUAAUACAAACGCCACAUGCAAUGCAAAACAGUAUUACUAAUCACCAUCAUAAUAAUGACUUCAGAUGGUAUUUAAGGCUUGUCCAACUCAGAGUAGACCCACUGACAUAAACAUGACCACCUAUAGUCUUCACUUCAGUGGGUUUACUUGAGUAGGACUUAGAACCUUCCACAUUUUAAGUUAACAUAAUUAAACAACUAAGAACUGACUGCAAAAGGAAUUUAUUGAUGAAAGAACAAAAUAUAUCCAGGUUAUGGGCAGGAGAGAAAUGUAAUUCAUUUUGUAUUUAAAGGCAGACUAACCUAAGCUGCACUUAAUGAAAGAAGAUGAAAAACAAUAGGCAGGCAUCCUUUAAAAUUUGCAUUUAUCCGAAUUUUGCAAUGCAGGUUGUCAGCUAAGCAAGGAGUACAAAAAUGUGUAAGGGUAAAGUGUGCAUUAAAAAUGCAUUUAUCAGCAAAAAUUACUGGUACAUAAAAUAUGUUACAUCAGGGGAGAUUGUUUUGCAAAAACGGAUACAUUUGUGACCUUCCCAUUCACACCAGCCAGCAUGCCAAGUAGUCAGAGGAAUGAUGGGAGUUGUAGUCCAAUGCCACUGGUUCUCCUCUCCUGGCCUAAAAAGUUCACCCAGCAGACAAAGCCAACUUUUCCCGUCUUCCCACAGGCAUCCUCUCCGCCCCCACCACCCUAGAAGCAGCAGUAACAGCUAAUGAUCCUGCAAAAUCAAAUUUAAAAACAGCUUUAAAGCAAAUAUGAACAUUACCAAGGAAGAGAGCGUUGUUUUUAAAUAGCUUGCAAAUGGCUGGCACCCGCCUCUUCUCUCAUGUCCCUGCCUCCGCUAUUGUUCUGUCCCAUUAAUCCCUGUGCCAUGUGGAACCAUCUUUCCUUCUCUCCCAUCAUGGCAGCAAUGAUAACAGGGAAGAGCCUUCCAUUUCUCUUGCGCGCGGAAAUGCCAGAAAGACAGGCGCCGACAUCUGCAGCCUGCUGGUGCUAAUGGACUGGAAAAAGGCACCCAUCACUUCGCUGUCACCAUGAGAGGUGCAACGCUCCCCCUCGGCUUCCCAUGUCAAUUGCGUUGCUGGGGGGCAUCUAUGGAAAAGACUAAUUGCUUAGUCAUAAGCAAAGCAAUUUUUGCUAAAUGGGAGCCAGACACAUGUGCUUUAGUAGAAAGGAUUGUGUUGCUCCCGUGCCACAGUCCCCAUGCGUUUUCCGAUUAGGGCCACUGCAUCGGCCUCCAACAUGGGCAUGAUUUGUUGGCGUCCUGGCUCGGGCAUGAUAAACUGCAGCUACUUCUGCUGCCAAAGCAAGGUGCAGUCAUUCUCUCUCCCCCCUUUAAAAUUGUGACUCGGAGGGAGGCAAACUUCUGUGCUCCAAGAUUGAGAUGGAUGGAUGAAAGGGCUAAGAUAGGCAAAUUAAGAGAUGAUUGAUGAGCGAAGCGAGGAACUGGGAAGAGCUGCACAAAGAGAUGAAUGGACUUGCAAACAGAUAGAUGAGUCAGGUUUAUUGGAUUUGCUAUGCCAGAACAGGGUGGUAGCCACCUACUUUAGUAGUCCAGCACACACCUGAAAGGAGCUCAGCCCCCUUGCUGGAAGAUGCUGCACUGGAAGGGAAGAGGAGGAUCUGGACCAAUAAACUCUAGUUUUGUCUCCAUCCUCCUCCGAAAGGGCAGAGACAGAGAACACAGAAGAGGAGGAAGCCAACAGGCAGUGCCACCCUCAGGAUUGACUGUAAAAAAGAAGGCAGACAGGUGGGGCAGUGACCCAUUCAUGCUAAUCGUCCCACCUCUGUUGUGCAUGUACCUGUAUGUUGCAAGUACAGUUCUCCUGAGUACUGGUGGGUCACUCAAGAUGGAGAGGAAAGAUGAAUAGGUAGCAGCAGCAAGGCCAGGAGGCUGCAAGAGUUGGUAGUGGAUCCUGCACUGAGGUAUGGGCUUUGGCAGCUGUCAAACAAUGCUAACCCAGAAGUCAGCCUUGCUUCUUAUGCACUGUCACAGUUCAAGGACUCUUUCCAACUAGGAAAAACACUCAAAGCAGGACCAGAAGGAUGUAUGGUUGAGGAGAGCUCUGAGAGCCAGACAGAGGGCCUUAGAAGGCCACAUUUGGUCCUCAGGCCUACAGUUUCCUGACCCUUCAGUAAGGCAAAGCUGUGCUUCAGGUUACUGAAAACAUUAGUAGUAGAGGCAGCAAAGGGACCUUGGACCCUGGAAUGCCACAUUUCUCCGAUACGUUCUUUCCUACCAAAUAAAUUAUUCUUUACAGCAGGGAUUGGCAAACUAAGGUCUGUGGGCCGCAUCCAGCCCAAUUGCCCUCUGGAUCUGGCCCGUGAAUGGUUCUGCAAUCGCUGCUUGGAUUGGUGCGAUCGCCAUUUUUCCCUGGUCACCAUUUUUGGGUGAUUUGCCCCCCUUCCUCCCUCACCGUGGCAGCGUCUCCUCCCUCCUCCCGGCUUCUCCCCACCCUGCAGAGAAAGGGGGCUGGGCUUUGAUAGUAAGCCUCGCCGCCCGCCCACCGUCCUCUCCCCAUGGCUGCGCUGUGGGCUGGAGCUUGGUGCGUCUGCUGGCCCUGUGCCAGGGAAAGCUGGCACGAAAAGGAGAGGCGCCGCCACCGCCGCCAGCUCCCAACCGCAGGCAGAGUGGCGGCGGAGGUAGGCAGGGGGAGGGGAGGGGCUGGGGGAGAGAGAAGCCCCCUCCACCGCGUGCAUGUGCUCCUGCGCACACAGUCCGGCCCGUUACUAUGUCUGGGGGAUGGUGAACCGGCCCCCUCCCCAAAGAGUUUGCUGACCCCUGCUUUACAGUAUAGUGAUGCCGGCAUAUCUCCAACUUUUCAGCUGACUUUUCUGACCUGUCUUUUGCAGUAAUGAAAGAAUUUCCUCUGGUUUGGCAAUGGUGGCUGGCGCUUGGUAAGAUCAUUUUCAAAAAGCCAACUCUGCUUUCGAAGGGAUAGUAUAAGGUCUGCAGUAUUCCAAGUCAAUCCAACAUGCAUUGCUUUGUUUGGGAGUUCACACCUCUGACAGGGUGUUGAGGGCUGGGUCAAGGUGGCCCUCUCACCUUCACCGUGCUGUGCCCAGACCACCCAGUUUGCUGAUUUUGUCAGGAAGAACCUGAAAACAUGUUUCCUGCCUUCACUCCGAUCUGCUAACUCUCAUUGGCUAGUUAUAUGUUUAUGUCAGCUUCAGAAGGGCAAUGCUUCCUGGUCUCAUUCCGGCUUCUCUUGGGUAAAGGAGAGCAAAACAAUGUCCAGUAGUGGUGGAAUUGCUACUAAAAGGACCAUGAACAGGCAGCAAAGGGACAAAAAACAUGAGCAAAGAGUGGAUCUGCAUAAAGCUGUGCCCCACUCAUCAAACCCCCCUUUUCAAGCUGAAAGAAGUUAGAGAACAUCUAGUAAUAUACACUCAUCAGUCACCACUGCAAGGAAGAGCCAGGACCCACAAGUUACCCAGCUGCCCAAGAGUAAGUGCCCUAAGAAUUCCUGACACUGGUUGCUAGGUAGUCCAUUUCUUUUAGGGAUUUUCCCCUGUGGUCAUUGGUAAGCUUUGAAAGGGAGGAAGUUGCUGCAGCAACAUUAAGAGUAUUGUUAGGCUAUCUUGCAGUAGGGCAGGGGUAGGCUUGGGGGCCAGAUGUGGCCCAAUUGCCUUCUCAAUCCAGCCCGUGGACGGUCCGGGAAUCAGCGUGUUUUUACAUGAGUAGAAUGUGUGCUUUUAUUUAAAAUGCAUCUCUGGGUUAUUUGUGGGGCGUAGGAAUUCGUUCUCCCCCCCCCCAUAUAGUCCGGCCCACCACAUGGUUUGAGGGAUGGUGGACCGGCCCACAGCUGGAAAAGGUUGCUGACCCCUGCAGUAGGGUAUGUGAUGCCCUCCGGCUGCCUUUUUUCCUUUCUUAAUCUUACUUGGUUGCGAGUUCCUGUAAACCACCUUAGAAACCUGUAAUCAGUCAGAAAGGAAUGAUGUAAUCUUAAAUAAAUUAUUAGCAGAGGAUUAGGUUAAUUUAGACAAUAUUUCAUAUGCUGAUUUACCUUCCCUCUGCAGCCAGCGGCCUCUUCAUCAUGAUUUGCAGCAGAGAACUCGUGACUUACCUCGCCUGCUCCAACACAGACCGCCUUCUUUAA